CGUGGUCACUUAUGCUAGCUUUAGCUUGCGGUAUUAAACUUAAAUGGUCCUUAGAUUAAAUUUAUUUUAGCUGUGUAUUAUUGUACACUAUGCGUUGGUGUUCAUGUUUCCAUUAGUCGUAGCAGUGUGGGUAGUUGCUUAAAUGUUGGCUGGGCAGUAGUGUACCCCCUACAACCCGGAACAUUUGUGGCAACUACCGUGCACUGUUACAAAUUUAUUUCAGGUCUCUUUUACUUUAGUAUUGUAUCAAUGAGUAUGCGUGUCCAUAUGUUUACUUAGAUUAUCGGAAUUAGCGUAGUUAAGACGUAUGGUACUAGGACAUGUUUUGCAUACAUUGACAUAUAAAUGCUGAUGUGUGAGCUUAUAAUAUGACAGCAUUACUGCUUGAUAACUAACGAUUGCACAUAUCUAUUUUACAUAUACGACAUUGCAGCUGAGCCAGAACCUAUAAUUGUCCGCUAUGAUGAUUCUGUUUCAGACGAUUCCACGACGGACGAAGAACCCGAAAUGCCACCACCGCCCCUCCAGUAUGAAGUCAUCGACCCCGCAUCGCAGCGUGGCCGCGUCAAGCUUGCGGAUGACCAAGGAUUCACGUACACCUUGUACAGGUCUAAUGACGUCACUACCACCUGGCGUUGCAGCGUCCGAAAUAAGCGCGAAACAUGCUUGGCACGCGUUAAGCAGAAUAACAAUGACAAUACAUUCAUUGCAGGUCCCCAACCACAUUGUCACCAGCCUGUGCCGGGUGCCUCAACAGCUCUUAAAGUGAUUGCUGACGUAAAGAGAAAGGCAACGAGGAGCAUCUUCCGCUCCGCCCCGAGCAUCGUCUCUGAGGUACUUGCUGAGAAAUGUGAUGGUGGCCCUAUAGAUGCACUACCCUGCAUAGAUCACCUGGCCCGCACUGCAAACAGAAAAAGGCAGCAGAUGCGGCGUCCCCAUCCCCGCAAUCUUGAUUUUGAUAUAGAUAAUACCUUUGUUGCAGAUGGGUUCAUGCGGCGCGACAUAAGAGUGCGUGAACGCAGACACCUGCUGUUUGCCCUUCCCCUUAUGAUAACCCUGCUAGCACAGACUACCCGCUGGUACCUUGAUUCGACUUUCAAAGUCGUUCGUGCACCCUUCAUACAGUUGUUUUCUGUGCAUGCCUUUGUUCAGAGUGACGGCUACAUCAAACAAGUUCCUCUUGCUUUUGCGCCCAUGUCUGGCAAGAACCGCUGAGAUUACAGUGCCGUUCUGCGCAACCUUGUCGAGAUUUUUCCUAAUGACUAUUGCUUACAGUGUUGUUACAGAUUUCGAGUGCGCUGUCUGGAAGUCCCUGGCCGAAGUUGUACCGGAGGUCCGUGUCAUGGGGUGCUCAUUCCAUUGGACACAAACAGUGUGGCGGAAAAUCCUAAAAUCUCGGUCUUGUUCGUACAUACCGAGGGGAUUAUCGCAUGUGCAGGUAUCUUCGAAAAAUAAUGGCCCUACCACUAAUUCCUCAUGAGCAUAUACCCGAAAUGUUCAAUAUUUUGCAGGCUCGGGCUACCACUCCUGCAGGUCAACAGGUUGUUGAGUACGUCCACGAUACCUGGAUCACGUCUGCGAUGUGGCCACCUUCAGCGUGGAGUGUCUACCAGCAGAGCGUAAGAACAAACAAUGACGUGGAAGGCUGGCACUUCCACCUUAACCAGCGUGCACACAGGCCGCGGCU